AUGAUGUUCUUCUAUUUGGCGGUCAACUUUUUCAUUUCUGAGAAAUGGCUAGUAGGAUGUCUUCUGUAUAGUUUUGCCGUUGGCAUCAAGAUGAAUGUGUUGCUUUUUGCUCCGGCCCUAUUUUUCAUCCUCCUGCUGAAUGUCGGCGUCUGGAAGACAGCUCUAAAUCUCAUAUCUGCUGCUUGCUGA